GGUCGGGCGGGAAGGGGUCGGGCGGGAAGGGGUCGGGUGGAAAGGGGUCGGGCGGAAAGGGGUCAGGCUGAAAGCGUAGAACGUCCGGGAGUCCCCAGUAUAUGGAAACUGACCCCCACUGCGUAGGGAGUCGAGAUUCCGACAUGCGAGUCGAGGCCACCCUGAGGUCUGAUCAAGUGCGAGUAGAUUCGCACUUGUUUGCGAGGACUUUGUUUCUCGUUGCCGAGGAGAGUCCAUCCCACCGUGCGCAGCAGAGGUCUCUUGUGCUCAACACCUUUCUCCUGAAAGAGGGCGAGCGUCUGCAGCAUACGGCGACACUUUUGGAGGGCGGGAUGCCUGAGUUGCGAAGGAGCGAAGGUGCGACCUUCAAUUCCCUCCGCUUGGGCGAGCGCCACAAACUCCGAAUAGAUUCAGAGUUGCUGACGUCGCCCUCGAGGCCUUCUCCCAGAACUGUUCCUCACGCUACACUGGAGGGACCCCCUGCAGGAGUGUUGGAGACUGGGGUUGGCGAGUACGAACGUCAUGCUUCGGAGGGUGUGCCAGUCGACGUUGACAGCAAAAGUCCAGCGACUCCUAGGGAAGAGGAGCGCUCUCCGGGAACGCGUGUUGUACAGCGGGAAGAGGAGACUCAACGCUGGCAGUCUCGCAAAGUGUUGGAGACCGAGGGUAGCGAGUGGGAAGGUCAUGCUUCGAAGGGUGCGUUCAUGGACACUGACAGCGAGAGUGCAGCAGCUCCUGGGAAAAAGCGUGCUCUUCAGCGGGAAGAGGAGACUCAACACUGGCCGGCUCGCGAAGUCGUGAAGGGGCUCCACGCAGGAGUGCUGGUGAUCGGGACGCCCGAAGAGGUUCUGCACAGUCGUUCGGUUGUGGCCACGAUGCGAGAGGGUGUCGUUAAGGGAGGUCAGUGGACGUUCGUGCAAGCUCCCGUUCUUGGCGAUGAUGAAGGCGAAGAAGAACCUGCGGUGGAAGCUCGGGUUCAUGGCGAUGAGAAAGGCGGAGAACCCGUGGUGGAAGGCGGUGAGGUGACGGUCGGCAUCCACACGGAUCCACAGCGGAAAGAUGAUGAUUCUUCGCCCACCCGUUGCGGUGAAGAACAGGGUGAUCGACCGUCUGUCCUCAGUACCAGUCGGGAAAUGGUUCUUCAUGAAGCCAUCGAGUUCGGUAACGACUCGGCUGCUACCGAGCUGGUUAGCGACUCAGGCGUGGCCGAGGUGCAGAACGUCGAAUCCACCGUGGAAGGCGGUGAGGUGGCAGUCAGCAUCAAGAUGGAUCCAGAGCGGAAAGACCAAGAUUCUCCGUCCACCCGUUGCGGUGCAGAACAGGGUGAUCGAGCGUCUAUCCUCAGUACCGGUCGGGAAAUGGUGCUUCAUUAAGCCAUCGGCUUGCCUAGCGACUCAACUGCCACCGAGCUGGUUAGCGACACAG